GGUUGGCAGCUCCGUACGCGAACACGGCCCCGCGAGCGGAGCGGGGAUUGGCUGGGCCGGCUGCGCGGGCGCGGCUUGAGAGCGAGCGGUGCCCACGACGGGCGCGAGGGAGUAGGCGCGGCUCCCCGCCGCCAUGCUGCGAGCCCUGCGGCGGCGGUGGGACGCCUACAAGUACCGCUUCGUGCCCUGGCUGGCCCUCAACCUCCGCCGCAAGCGCAGGACGCUUCGAUAUGUUCCUGAAAGCUCCCAAGACAAAAUUAUCUCUGAUGAAGAUGUCUUUGAAACACUACUGAAAACAUUUAAAGCUCUGUUCAUAAAUGACUUAAGUAGACAAGCACAUAUUUUGGCCUUACUUCCAGAAAUCAAAUGUAAAUAUCUGGGAUUACUGACUGUUGAGCAGAAGCAAUCAACAGUAAAUUCACAUAACCACCAGAGUCAACGUGUGCUUAGUCCAGAGGAAGUCCUGUUUAAUACACUAGGGUUCAGUAUUACUCGAGACCAAAGUUCCCUGGUGUCUGCUGGGACUGGAGUCUUUGUUACCAAAGGUUUUGUACCAAAAGGGACAGUUGUAUCUAUGUAUCCUGGUACAGUAUACAGAAAGCAUGAGCCCAUCUUCUUCCAGUCCCUUGGCAAUCCCUUUAUUUUUAGGUGCAUAGAUGGCAUCCUUAUUGAUGGGAACGAUAAAGGAAUAUCAAGAUCAGUGUACAGUCAUUUCAGGUCUUGCAGCAGGAGAGAUCGACUUGGCCCAUUUCAAAUGAGCGAUGAGAGCUGGCUCACAGCUGCCCUGCAGAACCCACUGGCAGUGGGACAGUAUGUCAACAACUGCUCACAUGGUGAGUUGCCAGAAAAAGCAGCCAACGUGUGUUACCAGGAGUUUGAUGUGCCGGAAUAUUUUCCAGUAGAACUGAAACAGUAUCUUCCAAACAUCGUCUACAGCCAUGACAUAGAGAGCCACCUGAGAUGUGUAGUGCUUGUCACUCUCAGAGACAUCAAGCAAGGAGAAGAACUUUUUUCUAAUUACUACACUGUUGUCAACUGAAUUAAUAAAUUCAAGACUGAAGAAAUCUGUGUCAUUAAAAUAUUUACUGUGUGUGUACUUCAAGCUUCAUGGGCAUUUUUACAUGAUGGGGGGCUGUAGCUUUACCAUUUAGAAAGCAAGUUGCAGGCUUGUAUUUCCCUGAAAUUAUUCCACAUUUGAUGCAGUGGUGAAAAUUUAACUGUUUGCAUCAUUAGUUUCUC